AUUGUUUGAUGCGAUUUACAGUCUUUUCUGCCGUUUGGCUUCGCUGCUUCGUAUCAAGAAUCAUGCUUUCGGAAGCGUUGCCAAGAUCACUGUUCGUUGUUUACAAGGACUAACACAAGCACUCGAUUUGAGGUGUAGUGCCUACUGUAGGUGCAAGCUUGUUAUCAUAUCGAAAGUUUAUUGCAGAACGCUCGUAAAGACGAACUCAGAUAUAAUAAGAACAAGUUUAUUGACAUUCUUCAACAAUUGUGCUGAUGACUUGCAAGCAGCCGUCCAGGAGCUGAAAGAAGGUGGUCAAUACUCGCUGAUUCGUGGUCAAAAUCUCACCUCGUGGGUCUCCAUCGAAUUCGCCUAUCAAAUGAUUAUUCCUGUACUGACCACGAUGUUCGCACAUUUGGCUGUCAACCACUUUGGCACUGAUGUGUUAGUGGAUGAUAUUCAAGCGGCAUGCUAUAAGAUUCUGGAUAGUGCGUAUUUGUUGAAUGGUUUGAAUGGACCGUCAAUGGCACGCGUUUCGAUUGGUUAUGAAACUGACAAGUUGGUGGUUUUUUACGUGCGAGAAUUUUGA